UUUAGCUUCUGCCGUUUAGUACGCGGUUAAGUUCGUGAAGAGAAGGCAGCGUCAGUGAAAUCAGUAAAGUGUCUGAUCGAGUGUCGUUUUUUCCUUUACUUUGGACUCGCGAUGAAGUCGAUUUACGUGUUGGUGUUGUUUGCUCUUGUUGUGCCUGGUCAGUCCUUUGUCGACUUCGAGGCAAUCUUCAAUGGAACGUCUGAAUUAACACCUAUGAUUAUCAAUGCAACAUAUUCUUCGUCUGACAAAACAUGGGCUCUCUAUGACAAACUUGUUAGCUACAUCAACGAAGAAAUUAAACCUGAGGUGAACAAAUUUAUCAGCCAUGGGAAGGAGUACAUUCAAAAACUGGGAAUGGAGAAAAAAGGAAGGGAGAUCUUCAAGACAGCAAUAGAAAUGAUGAACUCAACAUCUGAGCUAGUCAACGAGCUUCAAUUGGCCGAAUAUAUCAAGAUCUUCGAGGACAAGCUGGAAGAUGGAAAGAAAAUUGCCAAUGAAAUCAGCGAACAGAUCGACGAAUUCCUGAAGAAACUUCAAAAAAAGCAAAAGAGAUGAAAGGAAAGAUACCCGAGACACUAUUGUCACUGACAAAGCUUAAUGAGGAGAUAAAAAAGCGUGUCACCUCGCUUCAAUCCCAGAUGGAAGAGCUGCAGAAGAAAGCAAAGAAGGCUUUCGAAGCAGGUCAAGAAAAUGUGUUGAAGAACAUUGAGCAACAAUUGGAAAUGAUUCGCACACAGUUGAAGGUUGCCAAACAACAAACUCUGGAGUUGAAAAAGAAGAUUCAAGAGACUUUCAGCGAUAUACAAUUGAAAGCAAAAAAAGUUGGCGGCGAGGCGAUGAAGCAUGUCACGUUACUCAGAAAAAAAACUGAAGAAGCAGUUGAAAAGGCUAAGAGACAUUACACGAUCAUGAAGAACAAUCUUACGAAAAACUUCCAAAACGCCAUGAUGAAAUUCCGCCAGGCAAAACGCGAGGCUCAAGAGCAGCUUGAGAAAUUGCACAAAAUGGCGAAAGAAAUGAAAACAGGCAUGGGUGAACAAAUGGAGAAAUACAUUGAGACGCUAAAUACCACUGUUAAUGACAUGAAAGAUAACUUCUUCGAACAAAUGAAAACACUUAAAGAAAUAUCAGCUAACUACACCGACAUCUUGAAAGACAAAGUCAAUGAUUAUAGAACCACAGCGAACAAUUUGACCACAAAAAUGAAGGAGAACAUGGACGAGUUCCAUGCAAACGUCAUGAAACACAUGCAAAGCAUGCAAAAGAAAGCGGAUCAACACGUUAAAAAGAUGUUUGAAAAAGCCAAAGAUCUAAAAACGACACUGAAAACCCGCGCGCAAAAGACUGCGACUGAAAUGCAAAAGAAUCUUGACGCUCUCAUGAAGCAGUACUAUAUAGCAUUGGCAACGGCUAUGGGCAUGCAAAAAGACGCCGAAGAGAAUCUCCGCAAGGUGAUGGAAAGAAUGAGCAAUGGUAGUCAAGUCAUAUUCCAAAAGGCCUAUGAAAUAGCAGUGAAGAAUGUCGAGAAUUCCAAAAAGUACAUGAAUGAAGUACAAAGCUACUUUGUCAAACUGUUGAGCAAGCUCCUUUUCAAAGAGACGGGAGGACAUCUCACAAAAAUUACACCUCAAAUUCAGUCCUUAAAGAAGAAGAAGCUCGCCUAUCUACGAAUGCGCAAGAAGUUAAGAUCUUUUUUUUCCGCUUCAGGCGGCAAUUAAAUUAAACGCAUUUACGCUUGGUUAAUACGAAAGAGACAGCAUAAUGAAACUAUUAACAAAGUGAUUAUAAUUUCAAUUACAAACCAAAGGGCGUCAAUGACAUGUUACUUACAAACAUUAUAUUAUAAUAUUUUCAUAACCGUUA